AUGUUUGCUCCCGGCAAGGCCUCUGCAUCGCAAGGCUUUCCCAUCUCAAACAUCAGGGGCUCAGCCGAGGAGGCCCAGCCAAGCGAGUCUGUCGAUCCCGGCAAGUCAUCUCAAAAGGUCAGGCUUAGAAGCGUCAAAGAGCCAAAUGACCUCCUGGCAACACGCCCUUCCGAGAACCACCGCUAUGUGACCGACUCUGGGAAGCUCAUCCAAGAUGGCCGAUACACUGCGUCCCUACCUGUUACAACCGAGCCUAAGCAGCCUCGCCACAAGCCCUCAAAGCCUUCCAAGCAUGCCAAUAAGCCCAAGCGGAGCUCAUUUGACCAACCUGACCAACUUGAGAUGGAGGAUGCUUUCCAUAACAAGCCCAUGAUCAACUUGCCGGUGCCUGAUCACAUUCAAGCCAUGCUGGUCGAUGACUGGGAGAACAUCACCAAGAACAAUCAGCUAGUCCCUCUACCUCACUCCAAGCCAGUCGCCAAGAUUUUCGAAGACUACCUUGCCCAUGAGCGCCCUCACCGAGAGGAGGGAUCGUCAAGCAUGGACAUCUUGGAAGAAGUCGUAGCAGGCCUUCGUGAGUACUUCGAGAAGGCUCUUAGCAGGAUCCUACUCUAUCGCUUUGAACGCCACCAGUAUAUGGAAAUGAAGAAACUGUGGGAAAACACCGAUUCCGACCCCGAGUACACCAACGUCUGUGACGUCUAUGGCGCUGAGCACCUUGCUCGAUUGAUAGUGUCUCUCCCUGAGUUGCUGGCGCAAACCAACAUGGACCAGCAGUCCGUGUCACGCCUCCGCGAGGAGAUUGGCAAGUUCAAUGUCUGGCUGGGACGCAACUGCGAAACCUACUUUGCGAAUGAGUAUGAAACUCCAGCCCAGGACUACAUCGACAAGGCCCGCAGCUUCUAG